AUGAACGCAGCAGCAGCAGCUCCCGGAGGCACCAAGGCCGCUCCUCCAAAGUUCAAGCAGAAGGAGGUCCGCCAGUUCAAGAGCAAGGCCCCCAAAGCCGGACAGAAGGGAUUCGACGAUGUUCCCGGGAUGGAAGGCCUUGGAGGCGCCGAGGUUAUCUGCCCCUGGGAGGCGUUUGGCGACAUGGAGCUGAGUGACCUGGCCCAGUUUGGCAUCGUCUAG